AUGGGCUACGCUAAUAAUGCUACGUUUAGCGUAGAAGAUGUAUUACAUGGCCCAUCUUCGUUGGAAAAUGUGUGGUCAAUUGGCCCAGAUGGCCUCUCAGGUCACUUUUUAUAUGAAUUAAGAACUAUUAUUGCUUAUCCACUAUGGCUUCUGUUUAGAAGGUCGCUUGAUGAAGGCGUUUUUCCUUCCAUGUUCAAAUUCAGUUCUGUAACCCCUAUUCCUAAAUCUGGUAGCCCCUCCGUUGUUUCCAAUUAUCGACCUAUUUCCAUCCAAUCGCAUAUUUCAAAAAUGUUUGAACACAUAGUCUUAAACUCCAUUCAACCAACCGUUAAUUCUAUUCUAGCCGAAGAACAGCAUGGCUUUCACCCAAGACGGUCUACUACCACAUGCAAUCUUGUUUUCAAUAACUAUGUCUUUGACUCUUUUCAACAACGAACUCAAGUAGAUGUAAUCUACAUUGAUUUUCAAAAAUCUUUCGAUUCAGUUAACCAUAAUGUACUUAUUCAUAUUCUCAAAGAAUCAGGUUUUGGCGAACCUCUUCUGUCUUGGCUAAGGUCCUUUGUUAGUAACAGGUAUCAAUGGGUUAAAGUCUUUGAUGUUAAGUCUAAUUUGUUCUUAGCUUCAUCGGGUGUCCCUCAAGGGAGUCUCUGUCGCUAA